AUUCCAUUACCCUUAAAUUUUAGUGCAAGAGGGUUGGUCAAGUUACAGUAGUGCCACUGUUCGGUUGCCUAGACAACCAUACAGGACAAACAAACAAAACCCCAAAGUUAGUUAACUAAAUUUUAUUUGAAAGAAAGUAUACGAAAAUGUCGGACAAAGAUCUGGAUGCCAUUAUCCUGGUGACCCAACAGGUUGUGGGUAAAUACGUAAAGAAACCACCACUAACGGAGAAGCUGCUGAAGAAACCUCCUUUCCGUUUUCUCAUGGAUGUUUUCAAUAACUUUAUCAAGCAAACUGGCAAGUUUGAUGGAUUAUAUACGCCGGAGGAGCAAUUGUUCGAGAACAUAGGUAGUCGAGAGGAUAAAAUACGGUUCCUGCAGAAGAUGAUCGAUGCGACCAAGCUCAUUACUAAAAGGGACCUGAAAGUGCGUACCUCAAAAAUAGUUGCUGGCCAGGAGCCGGAGCUCACCAAUGAGCUUCUCCAGGCGAUGGCCAGUGUGGCGGAGAAGAACUUGGAGUGGGACAGUGCUGUUGACCAGGUAGUAAUUUCCCACAGCAAAACACCACUUGCCCUCCCGAAACCGUCGAAGGAAACUAAAAUUCCGAGCAAGAAUCCCUCACCGGCUGGGAAAGAGGAGGAUCCAAAGCGUCGCAAGGAGAAGCGCAUAUCGCCCCAGGAACAAAAAUUGCGCAAAGCCACCGAACCGGCGUCUCGAUCUUCGCCCAGUGAGAAGGACAAGGCAUCCCAGAAGAAGUCAAAGGUGCCCAAGGAUGACACCAAACUGAGUCGACAGAGCUCCAAGCAAAAGAGUCCUUCUCCUGUUAAACUAAUGUCCAAAGCCAAGAUACAGGUAUCCACAGAAAGCGAUAAUCCCAGCUUGUCCAUGUCGCCAGUAUCAGGAGAAGUAGCCAAGCAAACAGCUCCUGAAUCUGUUCCUGCUAAGCUAGCGGCGGAAUCGAUAUCCCCUUCAAAAACUAAGGAACCAUUGGUGCAACCAGUUCAGGAAUCUACACCGGCUCCAUUGGCUCCACCAGCUGAGCCUGAGAGUCGCAAAUCAUCCAGUAGAAGUCGCCGUUCUAGUGGCAGUCAUCACAGGCAACCAGAGCCGAAUCCUAAUGAGAGCCAAUCCCAGCCAGCUGUGCAGCCGUCGGAGGCUGUUUCCCCAGCCGAAUCCAGCAUCAACAACAGUGAUGUGAAGCGGGAGACUCCGAUCUCCAGGGAAAACUCAAAGGAGUCCAAUCCACGUCCCAGGACCUCACUUAGACCACCGUCCGCUCGACCGGCCUCCGCACGUCCUGGAGCUCCACGGCGUCGCAAUGUGGAAAUUGUACUUCAACCAAACGAUCAGAUCAAGAUGUCUGGGAUUAACGUUAAACUGGAAACUUUUGGGGAUCUCGACGAUGAUGGAGAGAAUCUGGUGAUCAUAGAAGACGCCAACUCGCAUGAUAUUGUUGAAGGUAAAGGAGCAGAGGAACCAGCUCUGGAGGGUCAGCUAGAUGCCCAGGGUCGAUUGGUUCAGCAGAUCUUGGAGACCCAAAAGGAAUUGGUUCACCAAAAUGCGGAGGUUGAGCCGCUACAAAGUCAAGCUGCCCGGCAGAGUUCCGCUCGCCAGGUGAACGACCUGCGCGAUGUGAUCCAAAGGGUGACAAAUUCAGUGAAUCCGCUGGGGAAACUGCUGGACUUCAUACCCGAGGACAUUGAUGCCAUGCAACUGGAGCUGACUAUGUGGCGCGACACCCACAACCAGGCCUCCAUGGAACUGAAACGGGAGCAGAGUCUUACUGCAUCCGCGACGGAGCCCAUGAAGCACCAGCUGCAGCAAAUCGAGGCCAGUAUUGCCGAGUAUCGGGAGCUCGUCGACGAAAGCCGCCAAAGGAUUCUGCAGAACAACGCCCGUAUCCUUAAAUUGAUGAGUGAGCAGUAA